AUGGAAUUCCGAAAAUUCGAUUUCACACGGUAUCCCGAAUAUGUCGCGAGUUUGAAAGAGUAUCGUUGGAAACCGCUUAUGAUAGCUGUGAGUUCCUUCAGUCCGGAACCAGUCAAUUUGACGUUUGUUCGUGGAAUUUCAGCUAAAUACAAAACGAGUAUAAUGGACAUUCAGGAGGCACUCAUUGAAUUCAAGGCCAUAUGGUAUAUGGACACUUCGAUACUGUUCAAAAAAGGGAACCUGAACCACGUCCAUCAACUUAUUACUUGCCGAAAUGACGGCGAUGAAUCCUCCGGACACUUCAGACCUCCGAUGAAAUCCGUGGCUGAGAGGGAUUUGAGAGAGGAACGAACACCUAUAGAGAACGGUUGGAACGUUAAACAGUGGACGGAAGCGGUGGCCGAAUGCAGGAAGCCGGCAUUUCUUAUGAACGGUUUCACUGGUCAUGGUAUCUACGUUGCCACAGCCCCAGGUAAACGACUGCAAUGCUUUUGGAGCCCAUGGAGAGGAUACAUGUGA